AUGAAUGCAGAGGAAGUACCAGAUUUUUGUAAAGCAAAUCCAACUGCAGUUAUACCUAGCCUGACAAACUGUGCAGAGUUUUAUAACUGUUCAGAUGGAAACAAGGCCCAUGAAUGUCAUUAUCCAGACCUCUUCUCCAAGAUAUCACGUAGAUGUGAAAAUUUUACUGGUGUACAGUGUAACAAUAAGACCGAACCACAAGCUCCCUGUGAAUAUAAUCAGAACUUGUGUCAUGGAAAACCAGGCUGUAUAUCAUGCCCAAAACGAUUGCCUAGUUGUGUUGGGAAACCUGACGGAAGUCAACCAUUCCCUAGUAAACUGUGGAUGGAGGAUUAUGUCAAAUGUUAUCAGAAUAGGACUAUGUUAGUGGUGAAAUGUCCUAAAGGACAGUAUUUUCAUCCUAACGAACAGAAAUGUAAAACAAAAGUAGAUAAAGUUGAUGUACCAGAUUACUGUACAGCCCAUCCCAUCGCCAUUCUUCCAGACCCAGAUAAUUGUGCUCACUACUUUAACUGCUCUGAUCCCACGACUGCCACCAUAACCCGAGCAGCAGGUCAGACUCCAGGAAAUUACAGGAAGGAGUGUCACUACCCAGACUUAUUUGAUGAUAGUAUUAAACAAUGUAAUAACUUUGAAAUGGUCAACUGUAGCAAGAAACCAGAACCACAAGCUCCUUGUGAAUAUCAACAAAACCUUUGUCCAGCCACAAAUAAAACAUGUGUUCAGUGUUCUAAGCGAUUGCCAUCUUGUAUAGGAAAGUCUGAUGGAUUAAAUCCAUUCCCUGCUAAGAUGUGGCAAGCAGAUUAUGUCAGAUGUUAUAAAAAUAGAACAAUGGCAGUCACAAAAUGUCCAACAGGAGAAUACUUCAAUCCUAGACUGGAUAAAUGUAUGAAAGUUGUACAACCAGUUGAUGUACCAGAUUACUGUACAGCCCAUCCCAGCACCAUUCUACCAGACCCAGAUAAUUGUGCUCAUUACUUUAACUGCUCUGAUCCCACCAUGGCCACUAUAACCAGAGCAGCAGGUCAGACUCCAGGAAAUUACAGGAAGGAAUGUCACUAUCCAGACUUAUUUGAUGAUAGUAUUAAACAAUGUAAUAACUUUAAAAUGGUCAACUGUAGCAAGAAACCAGAACCUCAAGCACCUUGUGAAUAUCAACAGAAUUUGUGUCAAGCUAUCAAUAAAACCUGUGAUCCUUGUACAAAGAGACUUCCAUCUUGUGUGGGAAAAUCUGAUGGAUUAAAUCCCUUCCCUGCCAAGAUGUGGCAAGCAGAUUAUGUCAGAUGUUAUAAAAAUAGAACAAUGGCAGUCACAAAAUGUCCAACGGGAGAAUUCUUCAAUCCUAGACUGGAUAAAUGCAUGAAAGUUGUACAACCAGUUGAUGUACCAGAUUACUGUACUGCCCAUCCCAGCACCAUUCUACCAGACCCAGAUAAUUGUGCUCAUUACUUUAACUGCUCUGAUCCCACCAUGUCCAUCAUAACCAGAGCAGCAGGUCAGACUCCAGGAAAUUACAGGAAGGAAUGUCACUAUCCAGACUUAUUUGAUGAUAGUAUUAAACAAUGUAAUAACUUUGAAAUGGUCAACUGUAGCAAGAAACCAGAACCACAAGCUCCUUGUGAAUACCAACAGAACUUAUGUCAAGCUAUUAACAAAACCUGUGAUCCUUGUACAAAGAGACUUCCAUCUUGUGUGGGAAAAUCUGAUGGAUUAAAUCCAUUCCCUGCCAAGAUGUGGCAAGCAGAUUAUGUCAAAUGUUAUAAAAAUAGAACAAUGGCAGUCAAAAAAUGUCCAACAGGAGAAUACUUCAAUCCUAGACUGGACAAAUGUAUGAAAGUUGUACAACCAGUUGACAUACCAGAUUAUUGUAAAGUCCACCCAACAGCCAUGAUACCAGACCCUACAAACUGUGCCAAGUUUUACAACUGUUCACAGAACAUGGCCACUAAAACAGCAGUUACAUCAGAGUGUAAAUAUCCUGAUCUGUUUUCUGAUGUUUCUCAGCAGUGUGAAAGAUUCCAGAAUGUUUCUUGUAAAAUCAGAAAGGAACCACAAGCUCCUUGUGAAUAUGACCAGAACUUGUGUAAGCCAGGUGACAUGAACUGUGAAGUAUGUCCUAAACGUUUACCAAGUUGUCGAGGUCUACCUGAUGGUGAUGAAGCCGUCCAAUCAGCUCUGUGGACAGAUCUGUAUGUCACAUGUCUGAUUAAUAGGACCAUGGCUGUACGUCACUGUCCUGUUGGUCAAGUGUAUGAUCCAAAUCAGUUACACUGUGUCAGUAAAAUACCUAAAGGAAACAUUGAUUCCUUCUGUCAAGCUAACCCUACAUCUAUAGUACCACACCCAGACACUUGUGGACAGUACUACAAUUGUUCAGCCAUGUCUAAAUAUGGUCAUCAUCUACAGGAAUGUCAGUAUCCAGAUCUGUUUGAUGAAGUCAGUCUGACAUGUAAAGACUUUCAACAAGUGAAGUGUAACAAAUCAAAACAUGAACCAGAGGCCCCAUGUGAAUAUUUACAGAAUAGAUGUAAUGUAUCAGACCCUAGUUGUCUCCCCUGUCCCAAACGUCUGCCUUCUUGUGUUGGACAUCCAGAUGGUGACAACUCAUUCCCCAACAAACUAUGGAUGUCUGACUACAUCACUUGUUAUAAAAAUAGAACAUUAAAUGUGACACACUGUAGCCAUGGUUACUUCAAUCCAAGGACAGGCAAAUGUCAAGACGAUGUUCCAAAAGUUGACAUACCAGAUUACUGUACAUCCCAUCCCAGCACCAUUCUACCAGACCCAGAUAACUGUGCUCAUUACUUUAACUGCUCUGAUCCUACAACGGCAACCAUAACCAGAGCAGCAGGUCAGACUCCAGGAAAUUACAGAAAGGAAUGUCACUAUCCAGACUUAUUUGAUGAUAGUAUUAAACAAUGUAAUAACUUUGAAAUGGUCAACUGUAGCAAGAAACCAGAACCACAAGCUCCUUGUGAAUACCAACAGAACUUGUGUCAAGCUAUCAACAAAACCUGUGAUCCUUGUACAAAGAGACUUCCAUCUUGUGUGGGAAAAUCUGAUGGAUUAAAUCCAUUCCCUGCCAAGAUGUGGCAAGCAGAUUAUGUCAGAUGUUAUAAAAAUAGAACAAUGGCAGUCACAAAAUGUCCAACAGGAAAAUACUUCAAUCCUAGACUGGACACAUGUAUGAAAGUUGUACAACCAGUUGAUGUACCAGAGUAUUGUAAAGCUCAUCCCAGCACCAUUCUACCAGACCCAGAUAAUUGUGCUCAUUACUUUAACUGCUCUGAUCCCACGAUGGCCACCAUAACCCGAGCAGCAGGUCAGACUCCAGGAAAUUACAGGAAGGAGUGUCACUAUCCAGACUUAUUUGAUGAUAGUAUUAAACAAUGUAAUAACUUUGAAAUGGUCAACUGUAGCAAGAAACCAGAACCACAAGCUCCUUGUGAAUAUCAACAGAACUUAUGUCAAGCUAUUAACAAAACCUGUGAUCCUUGUACAAAGAGACUUCCAUCUUGUGUGGGAAAAUCCGAUGGAUUAAAUCCAUUCCCUGCCAAGAUGUGGCAAGCAGAUUAUGUCAGAUGUUACAAAAAUAGAACAAUGGCAGUCACAAAAUGUCCUACAGGAGAAUACUUCAAUCCUAGACUGGACAAAUGUAUGAAAGUUGUACAACCAGUUGACAUACCAGAUUAUUGUAAAGUCCACCCAACAGCCAUGAUACCCGACCCUACAAACUGUGCCAAGUUUUACAAUUGUUCACAGAACAUGGCCACUAAAACAGCGGUCACAUCAGAGUGUAAAUAUCCUGAUCUGUUCUCUGAUGUUUCCCAGCAUUGUGAAAGAUUCCAGAAUGUGUCAUGUAAAACCAAAAAGGAACCACAAGCUCCUUGUGAAUAUGACCAGAACUUGUGUAAGCCAGGUGACAUGAACUGUGAAGUAUGUCCUAAACGUUUACCAAGUUGUCAAGGCCUACCUGAUGGUGAUGAAGCUGUCCAAUCAGCUCUGUGGACAGAUCUGUAUGUCACAUGUCUGAUUAAUAGGACCAUGGCUGUACGUCACUGUCCUGUUGGUCAAGUGUUUGAUCCUAGUCAGUUACACUGUGUUAGUAAAAUACCUAAAGGAAACAUUGAUGCAUUCUGUCAAGCUAACCCUACAUCUAUAGUGCCACACACAGACUCUUGUGGUCAGUACUACAACUGUUCAGCCAUGUCUAAAUAUGGUCACCAUCUACAGGAAUGUCAGUAUCCAGAUCUGUUUGAUGAUAUCAGUCUGACAUGUAAAGACUUUGAACAAGUGAAAUGUAACAAAUCAAAACAUGAACCAGAGGCUCCAUGUGAAUAUUUACAGAACAGAUGUAACAUAUCAGAUCCAAAUUGUCUCCCCUGUCCGAAACGUCUGCCUUCCUGUAUUGGACACCCAGAUGGAGACAAUCCUUUCCCAAACAAAUUAUGGAAAGCUGAUUACAUUACCUGUUACAAAAACAGGACAUUGAAUGUGACACAUUGUAACCAUGGUUACUUUAAUUUAAGAACAGGCAAAUGCCAAGAUGAUGUUCCAAAAGUUGAUGUACCAAAAUACUGCCAAGCAAAUCCAACAGAGAUUUUACCAGAUCCAGACAACUGUGCUCAUUAUUACAACUGUUCUGUUGCCAUGGCUACAACAUUCAGAAGUGGUACUCCAGUAGUUGUGAGUCAGAAACAGAUGGAAUGUCCCUACCCAGACCUGUAUGAUCCUGUGUUGAGAAUGUGUGCGAACUUCACAUCUGUAGACUGUAAACAACGAAAAGAACCACAGGCUCCAUGUGCAUAUGAACAGAAUUUGUGUAAACCUGGAGAUGUCAGCUGUCCUCCUUGUCCAGACAGACUCCCAUCUUGUGUUGGCAUGCCUGAUGGUGUCAACAUGUUUACUGGUAGAGAAUGGAAAGCUGAUUAUGCUAUUUGUUAUCAAAACAGAACUAUAGAAUUAAAGAAAUGUAGUAAAGGAUAUUUCCAUCCAAUGAAACGUGUUUGUACAGAAAUUGUUAACCAUGUUGAUGUACCAGCAUAUUGUAAGGCCAACCCAAGGGAGAUAAUACCAGAUCAUGAUAAUUGUGCACAUUACUUUGAUUGUACCAAAGUAAACCAAAACAGAACCACAAGAGCCAUGACCACAGGUGGCAUGUCUGAGUGUAAAUAUACAGACUUGUUUGAUGCCCAGACAUUAACAUGUCAGAGUUUUACAACAGUUAUGUGUCAUGACAGACCAGAACCACAAGCUCCAUGUGACUAUAUCCAGAAUUUAUGUAACCCUGGUGACAGUACAUGUGAUAAAUGCCCUAACAGACUACCUAGUUGUGUAGGUCAGUCUGAUGGAUUCCAGCCAUUCCCUAAUCACAUGUGGGAGGACAAGUUCAUACAAUGUUAUAAAAACAGAACCAUGAAGGUUGACCACUGUCCACUCAAUCAGUACUUCAAUCCUAGAACACUAAAAUGUGCUGAUAAAGUUCAACCAGUGGAUGUGAAAGAAUACUGUACAGUACACCCCACCUCUAUGAUUCCUGAUUAUCAGAACUGUGCCAAGUUGUACAACUGUACUGAUGGUACACAUACAGAAUGUACUUACCCAGACUUGUACAAUGUACAGACUCAAAUGUGCCAGAAUUUUAUGACAACUAGAUGUGAUAGUAGACAAGAACCACAAGCUCCUUGUGAAUAUGAUCAGAACUUGUGUCCACAAGGCGACCCAUCCUGUAGACCUUGUCCUGAACGUUUACCUAGUUGUCGUGGAUUACCUGAUGGAGACAGACCAGUAUCCACGGCCCUUUGGACCAAUGUUUACAUCACAUGUUUACAUAAUCGUACAAUGGCUGUUAGAGAUUGUCCUCCAGGAUCAGUUUUCAAUCCAGUCACUCUACAGUGUAUGUCAGUUGUUGCUAAAAGUAAUGUAGAUAAUGUAUGUGGAGCUAAUCCUACCAUGAUAAAACCAAACACCAAUAACUGUGGUCAGUAUUAUAACUGUUCUGCCGUUACUAAAUAUGGUCACCAUCUGAUGGAGUGUAAGUAUCCCGAUCUGUUUGACCCGGUCACCAGUCAGUGUAGAGAGUUCUAUAAUGUACAGUGUGGACAGAAACAUGAACCAAUGGCACCUUGUGAAUAUCUACAGAAUUUGUGCCGGCAGUCCAACACUAGCUGUGCCCCUUGUUCUACUAGACUACCUUCCUGUGUAGGACUACCUGAUGGUACUAACCCAUUCCCUGGGAAAAUGUGGAAGUCUGACUUUAUCAAAUGUGACAGAAACAGAACUGUAGAAAUUACACAAUGUAAAUCAGGAUACUUUCAUCCAAGGAAAAUGAUAUGUACUAAGGAAGUCAUUCCAGUUGAUAUUCCUGAUUAUUGUGGAGCCAAUCCAAGUGAUGUGUUGCCUGAUCCAGAUAAUUGUGGUCGAUAUUAUAACUGCUCCAUGUCUCCUGGUCACGGCACCAAAAGAUCAAUGUCACCACUGAAGAUAUCAACGUAUCACAUGGAAUGUAAAUAUCCUGAUUUGUUUGAUCUAGCAACCAUGCAGUGUGCUGGAUUUGAAACUGUUAAUUGUCCAAAUAGGAAGGAACCACAGGCUCCAUGUGAAUACCAGCAGCAUUUAUGUUCACCUGGUGAUCUGUCCUGUACUAGAUGUCCAGAUAGACUACCAAGUUGUGUGGGGUUAUCAGAUGGACCUAAUCCAGUACCUUCCCAGCUCUGGAUGACAGGUUUUAUUGUUUGUUAUAAGAACAGAACAGUCAAUGUAACAAACUGUGCUAAUAAUGAGUAUUUCAAUCCCAGACUCAAUAGCUGUAUGAAGAAAGUUAUUCCAGUUGAUGUUCCUGAGUACUGCAAGGCCCACAGGACAGCAGUGAUACCAGAUCCUGAUGACUGUGCUAAAUAUUAUAAUUGCACCUCUACACAACAUCAGGAAUGUAAAUAUCCUGACCUGUAUAACCCCUCAUCAUUGUCAUGUGACAAAUUCACAUCUGUAUCAUGUGACAAAAGACCAGAACCACAAGCUCCAUGUCAAUAUGACCAGAACAAAUGCCCAGCAUCAGAUCCCAACUGUAAACCAUGUCUAGAGAGACAACCUAGUUGUAUUGGAUUACCUGAUGGACUAAACAUAUUCCCUGGAAAGUUAUGGAAGGCUGAUUAUAUACAGUGUUAUAAGAAUAGAACCAUUGAUGUUAAAGUCUGUACUACUGGAUACUUCCAUCCAGUACAGAAGAUUUGUCUGACAGAAGUUAAACCUGUUGAUGUAAAGGAAUACUGUAAAGCCAACCCAAGAGACAUUUUACCUGACCCAGAUAACUGUAGUCAUUAUUACAACUGUACCAAGGUUAACCUGUCUACUAUGACCACCAGUACAGAAUGUACCUAUCCUGACCUGUUCUCGCCUGUAACACAAAGAUGUGAUAUGUUUACCUCAGUGAAAUGUAUGAAACGUCCAGAGCCUCAGGCUCCAUGUGAAUAUGAGAAGAACCUUUGUACUGGAACAUCAUGCCAACCUUGUCCUGACCGACUACCGAGCUGUGUAGGACUAUCUGAUGGUAACCAUGCCUUCCCUGCUCAGAUGUGGAAGUCAGGAUACGUCACUUGUUAUAAAAAUAGAACCACCAACAUCAGGAAAUGUACAACUGGAUACUUCCAUCCAAGGAGACAAGUGUGUAUGGUUGAUGUUGUCUCUGUUGACGUCCCUGAAUACUGUAAGGCCAACACAGAUGCUGUUAUACCAGACCCUACAAACUGUGCCAAGUACUAUAAUUGUACUGACCCUACCAGACAGUAUAUGAAGGAAUGUACUUAUCCUAACUUGUUCUCCACAAUAACACAGAGAUGUGAGAGGUUCCAGAUGGUUGGCUGUAGAAAGAGACCAGAACCUCAGGCUCCAUGUGAAUACAACCAGAAUCUGUGUUCUGCUAAUGACCCUAAUUGUCAGCCCUGUCCCUCAAGACUACCUAGCUGUGUGGGUAUACCUGACGGUGAUCGUCCAUUCCCAGCACAUCAGUGGACUGACCUGUACAUUACUUGUCUGACCAAUAGAACUAUAGCCAUUAGACAUUGUCCAUCAGGGUCAGUGUUUGACCCCAGUAGACUCCAGUGUGUUAACAGGAUUGAACAAGGAAACCUGCAGAGUUAUUGUGCAGCCAACCCAACAACUAAGAAACGACAUCCUACAAAUUGUGCCAAAUAUAUAGACUGUUCUACCAAAUCUUCACCGUAUGGGGACUAUAUAAAGGAGUGUACCUAUCCUGAUCUCUUCUCCAGAGUCACAUUCAAAUGUGAAAAUUUUUCUACAGUCAACUGUAUACCUCUACAGGAACCAUUAGCACCUUGUGAAUAUGAGCAGAAUCUUUGUAAACCUAAUGAUGCCAACUGUAAGCCAUGUUCCUCACGACUACCCAGCUGUGUAGGACUACCUGAUGGAGUGAACUAUUUCCCUGGAAAGCUAUGGACUGACUCCUAUAUCAGAUGUUUCAGGAAUAGAACCAUUUCUGUGGAAAAAUGUCCAGAUGGAUAUUUCCAUCCAAGACAACACCUCUGUAUGAAAACAGUAGACAGAGUGGACAUCCCUGACUACUGUCAAUCUCACCUGGAUGCUGUGUUACCUGACCCUGCCAAUUGUGGACAUUAUUUCAACUGUAGCUUCUUAGCCACACACAGAUCCAUGGAAAUAUCAGAAUGUAAAUACCCAGAUCUAUUUUCCAUCACGGAUAGACAGUGUGAACCUUUCUACAAUGUCCAGUGUCAAAACAGAUAUCAGCCACAAGCACCUUGUGAAUAUGUAAAGAACUUGUGUUUGACCUCUAACGUGAAUUGUAUACCAUGUCCUGGUAGGUUACCAAGUUGUAGAGGUUUAUCUGAUGGUUUACACAGCUUCCCUGGUCGACAGUGGAUGGAGGAUUAUAUAAGGUGUGACAGAAACAGGACAGUAGAAGUCAGUAAAUGUCAGACUGGAUACUUCAAUCCAACCAGCAGGAAAUGUACAAUUCAGCAUGGACCUAACACAGUACCAGAAUAUUGCAAAGCUCACCCUACUGCCGUUUUACCAAAGGGAGAUAACUGUAACCAGUAUUACAACUGUUCUGUAGGAUUGACAAGAUAUGGUAGAAAUGUAAUGGAAUGUCCCUAUCCAGAUAUGUUCUCUGCAGUUACUAAUCAGUGUGAGAGGUUUACAUCUGUAUCAUGUAAAGAUAGACCAGAACAUCAAGCACCUUGUGAGUACACACAAAACCUGUGUGAUAAUGAUCCCACUUGUCAACCUUGCUCAUCUCGCCUCCCUAGUUGUAUCGGUAAACAGGAUGGACAGCAAGCAUUUACUGGAAAGUUAUGGACAGAUCUUUACAUCCAUUGUCAACAGAAUAGGACAGUUGCAGUAAUACACUGUCCAAAAUACCAGGUUUUCGAUCCUCAUAACAGGCAGUGUAUCAGCACUAGAAAUAUCAAGAACAUAGAUGAGUUUUGUAGAGCUAAUCCAACAGUGAUACAGGAAUACACAGAUAGCUGUGCCAUGUACAUCAACUGUUCUAGAACUGGACAUUAUCUUGUUGAAUGUAAAUACCCAAAUCUAUAUUCCCCUGUCACUAAAACAUGUGAGUCGUUUAAAUCAGUUACCUGUGGAAAAAGACCAGAGCCACAAAAGCCAUGUGACUACAAACAGAACCUGUGCACUCCAGGAGAUAUAAACUGCCAGCCCUGUACAGAACGAUUGCCUAGCUGUGCAGGACUAAGAGAUGGGUCCAAUCCUCAUCCAUAUAACAUGUGGGGAAUAGAAUACAUUGUUUGUGAUAAGAAUAGAACAAUUCUUGUGGACAAAUGUAGUCAAGGAUAUUUCAAUCCUAGGACUUUAGCAUGUACCGUCACAGUAUCUAAAGUUGAUAUAAUUGAUUAUUGUAAAGUCCAUUCUAAUGAUGUGUUACCAGACCCUGACAACUGUGCCAGUUAUUAUAGAUGUAGAGACCAAAUGUCAAAGGUUGUAGGUCAGCCAGGAGAAUGUUCAUACCCUGACCUUUUCUCUACAUCUACCAAAGCCUGUGAAUCGUUUACUACAGUCAACUGUGGAACCAGAGAAGAACUUCAGGCUCCUUGUGAAUACCAGAAGAAUAUUUGCAGCCGUACCGAUCUUACAUGUGUGCCAUGCCCUGACCGUCUGCCCAGUUGUGUUGGUAAACCAGAUGGUGCCAAUUCUUUCCCAGGAAAACUAUGGUCACAUGACUAUAUCACCUGUCUUAGAAACAGGACAGUUACUGUCACUCAAUGUCCACAGGGUCAAUUCUUUAACCCAGAUAGUAGACAAUGUACCAAUCAGAUCUCUACCACUGACAUAGAUAGUUUCUGUACAGCAAAUCCCACAUCACUGAAGCCACACCCAUCUAACUGUGCACAGUAUUACAACUGUUCUGAUAUCAACUCUAGAUAUGGACGUUACCUUGAGGAAUGUACCUAUCCAGAUCUGUUCUCUCCAAUAACUAUGAGAUGUCAGAACUUCCAGACAGUGUCUUGUGAUGCCAAGCAUGAACCUAAAUCUCCAUGUGAAUAUAGAGCCAAUGUUUGUGAUGGUACUUCAGCUGUGUGUACACCAUGUCCUGAACGUCUCCCUAGCUGUAUUGGUCAGACAGAUGGACAUCACAUGUUCCCUGGCCGUUCAUGGUUGAAGGACUAUAUAGUUUGUAUCAAGGAGAGGACAGUAGUACAGAAGUGUGACUCUGGCUACUUCAAUCCACGUCUUCAUCAGUGUACUCCUAAUGUUGGUGUCACUGACAUCCCAUCCUACUGUAGAGCUUACCCAGGUACUAUCCUUCCCCAUCCUACUAACUGUGCCAAGUACUUCAGAUGUCCAACCAAUAAAUAUGAUACUAUUACUUACCAAGAGGAGUGUACCUAUCCAGACUUGUAUUCCACAGUGUCACAUUCUUGUCAGAACUUCACAUCUGUAUCUUGUGGUAGCAGACAGGAACCUCAAGCUCCAUGUGAAUACAGUCAGAAUCAGUGUCAGCCAGGUGAUAUGAAUUGUCUGCCAUGUUCACAGAGAUUGUUCAGCUGCAGAGGUCUACCUGACGGUAACAAUGCUGUUCCUGGUCAUCGCUGGUCAGAUCAGUAUAUCACAUGUUACAGAAACAGGACUGUCAAGCUCAAUAAGUGUGCCUCAGGGAUGUUUGAUCCUCUCAAGAGAGCAUGUGACAACCAGAUUGAUAAAGACAAUAUAGAUGAAUACUGCAGGACACACCCGACUUCUGUGUUACCCCAUCCAAACAAUUGUGCUCAGUAUUUUAACUGUAGAGACAGAAACAGCAAGUUUGGUCAUUACCUUGAGGAAUGUACAUAUCCCCAACUGUUCUCAUCUCUUACAAAGACAUGUUCUAACUUUACCACAGCUCGAUGUGAAAAGAGAUUUGUACCUCAAGCUCCUUGUGAGUACAUGCAAAACCAGAAUAUUGGAUCAAUAAAGCAGACAGUUUCCUGUCCUGAGAGAUUACCUUCCUGCAUUGGGUUACCAGAUGGAAGGAACAUGUUCCCUGCCAGGAAAUGGAAGUCUGACUACAUCAUGUGUUACAGAAACAGGACACUGACUGUAUACCAUUGUGAUACUGGUUACUUCUUUGAUCCUUACACAAGAAUCUGUGUCAAGUAUAUUGAUAAUGUGCACAUCAAGGAGUUCUGUCAAGCCAAUCCAAAUAGUGUGAUGCCAUCCAUGACUAACUGUGCCCAGUACUACACAUGUCAAGAUUACAUGAAAGGUUCCAUGUUGAGAGAAUGUAGUUAUCCUGAUCUCUUCUCACUCAGUACCAUGUCUUGUCAGAGAUUCUCACUGGUCAUUUGUCAACAGAGACCACAACCACAAGCACCAUGUGAAUACAUGGAGAACCAGUGUAGAUCAGGAGACACCAAUUGUAAACCAUGUUCUCAGAGACUGCCAAGUUGUGUUGGUCGACCUGAUGGAAAUGUACCUGUGAUUGGUCAAUAUUGGUCACCUGACUAUUUGAUAUGCCUCAGAAACAGGACAAUAUCAGUGACUAAAUGUCAGACAGGAUUAUUUGAUCCUGUUAAUAAAAGGUGUACUCUGCUCAUUGAUUUCAGUAAUAUUGUAAGUAUUUGUAAGGCCAACCCAACUCUGAAGUUUGAGAAUCAGCAGAACUGUGCUCAGUACUAUGAUUGUUCAAAACCCAGCACAGGAUAUCUGGUGGAAUGUAAAUACCCAGAACUCUACUCCACUGUAUAUCAAGGGUGUAGAAGUUAUAGAGAUGUUACCUGUGAAAAGAGACCAGAACCACAAGCACCUUGUGAAUAUAGCCAGAACCUGUGUAGACAAGGAGACACAACAUGUAAGCCAUGUCCUGAGAGACAUCCCAGCUGUGUAGGACUACCUGAUGGACGUAAUGCCAUCUUACCAUGGACUGAUCAUUAUGUAGUAUGUCUGAAGAACCGUACCGUGUCCACAGGGAUUUGUACUUCUGGAGUAUUUAAUCCAGUGGAAAGACUUUGUGUAGUCUAUCUGCAUCCAGGAGACCUACUGAAGUACUGUCAAUACAAUCCUAAUGGUAUAAUAGCCAGUUCCUUGAAUGCUGCCCAGUACUUUGAUUGUUCAAAAUACAGCUCACCAAAUGGCCAUUAUCUGAUGGAAUGUCCUUACCCACAGUUAUUCUCCACAAUCAGCCAUAGAUGUGAAGACUUUGUCACAGUCACACCAGACAAAAGACCUAUACCACAAGCUCCAUGUGAAUAUCUCCAAUAUCAGUGUAAAUCAAAGGACCUGACAUGUACUACAUGUGAGAAAGUCCACCAUUCAUGUAUUGGUGUACCUAAUGGGGACCAGGCUAUAACAUAUAGGAAAUGGCAGGCACAAUAUGUUAGAUGUUUUCAGAACAGAACAUUAGAGGAGAAGGUCUGCCAACAGGGUUUAUUUGAUCCUGUGAAGAAGACAUGCUCUGAUACUGUUAACACAGAUCAGAUAGAUGUUUACUGCCAGCAGCACCCACAUGCAAUAGUAAAGCAUCCAGGAGACUGUGCUUUAUAUUAUAAUUGUUCUAAUCCUACAUCACAGUAUGGCAGAUAUAUUGAAGAAUGUCAUUAUCCAGAAUUAUUUUCUAUCUUAACAUUAAGAUGUGAACACUUUGGAAAUGUUGUUUGUAAACCACGACAUGUACCCCAGGCACCAUGCGAAUAUCAACAGAAUCUAUGUAAAGCUACAGACACUAGCUGUACACCAUGUCCACAGAGACUUCCUAGCUGUAUAGGACUACCUGAUGGACUCAACCCUAUUCCAGGCAGACUCUGGUCUAAAGACUAUGUCCAGUGUGACCGUAACAGGACAUUACAUGUUCUACACUGUAAACAAGGAUAUUUUAGUCCUCAGGAAAAAGCUUGUGUAACAGCUAUCAAGUCAGGAGAUGGUAACCAAUUCUGUAAUACCAAUCCUAGAAUACUCAUAAGAAGUUCUGAGAACUGUGGUCAGUAUAUUGACUGUAGAUAUACCAGACGUAUUGGUGGAUAUGUUAAAGAAUGCCCUUAUCCUGACCUCUUUAACCCAGACACAUUGGAAUGUGGAGAAUUUACAAGAGUCACAUGUGGAAAGGUUCCAGAACCCCAGGCACCAUGUUCUUAUGAAAAGAACUUAUGUCUGGAUCCUUAUGAGAAAUGUAUACCAUGUCCAGAACGUUUACCCAGCUGUGUUGGUUUACCAGAUGGGGACAAUGUAUUUGCAGGAAAAAUUUGGUCACAACAUUAUGUCGUCUGCUACAAAAACAGAACUAAGACCAUUAAACAGUGUAGUCAUGGCUUCUUUGAUCCUCAAAACAGGAAAUGCAGUUCACAAGUGGGAACAGACAACAUUGCCACAUUCUGUUCACAUCAUCCAGAUGCCAGAAUACCAAAUAAGGUGAAUUGUGCCCAGUAUUAUGAUUGUUCUAAUCGUAAUUCUAUUUACCAACCCUAUUUACAUGAAUGUACCUAUCCAAAGCUGUUCUCUGUGGCUACUCUCAGAUGUGAAGACUUUGAGCAGGUGACUUGUGGAGCCAGGACAGAGCCUAAAGCACCUUGUCAGUAUCUACAGAACCAGUGUCCAUCUUCUGACCAGUCAUGUCUGCCAUGUCCUAUGAGACUACCCAGUUGUUUGGGACUUCCUGAUGGUGACAAUGCCUAUCCUGGACACAGACAUUGGACAAAAUAUAUCAACUGUUAUAAAGAAAGGACUCAGGAAAUUAAAGAAUGCUCCAUGGGAUAUUUUGAUGAACAGACAAGGAGAUGUCUGGUAGAACAGCACACCACUCCAGUGCCAACUUGUGGUGUAGAUCAAUUUGAAUGUGACAAUGGACAAUGUAUACAGGCUACUGACAGAUGUAAUAACCAGUUUGAAUGUUCUGAUCGAUCAGACGAAAUGAAUUGUGUAGUUAAGACAGUUUGUCCUGAAGGAGAGUGGAGAUGUAAUAAUGGACAAUGUGUAAGUCCUUUGUCACGAUGUGAUGGUCGUAUUCAGUGCCGUGAUAAAUCUGACGAGGCAGGAUGUCAUUAUAAAACCACACCACGUCCAGGUACAUAUAUGAACAUAUGUCAUAACCAACAGAAUGGAAGAGCACCACAUCCCACUAACUGUGCUAAGUAUUACGAUUGUUCUGACAAAUACCAUCCAGUUCUACACGAGUGUCCCUACCCAUUCCUGUACUCCUCACUACAUAGGUCAUGUAAAAACUUUGAAUAUGUACAGUGUGGCCAGAGAUAUGAACCACAAGCACCUUGUGAAUUUGAUCAAAACAAAUGCAAGGCUCUAGAUAAUAAAUGUGAACCAUGUAUAGAAAGACUUCCAAGCUGUGUGGGUCUAUCUGAUGGACGUCAUCCAUUCGCUGGACAACUAUGGACACCAAAGUUUAUCAUGUGCCAUCGUAACAGAACCAUAGAAGUAGCAGAUUGUCCAAAUAACCAGAAAUUUGAUCCUGAUAGGAGGUUCUGUGUUAAUCCUACAGUUGUUGGUAAUGUUUUUGACUACUGUAAACACAACCCCACGGCAGUUCUCCCUCAUCCAGAUAAUUGUGGACAGUACUAUAACUGUAGUAAUAUUUACACUUUACUGGGAAGUUAUAUUGAGGAAUGUCCUUAUCCAAAAUUAUUUGAUCUCAACACCAGGCAAUGUAAAUACUAUACAGAUGUCAACUGUGGACAAAAGAAUGAACCUAAGGGACCAUGUGAAUAUGAACUGAAUAAGUGUCAUACAUCAGACUGUACUCCAUGUGAUGAGAGAUUUGUCAGCUGUGUGGGUAAACCCGAUGGAGCAAAUUCUAAACCAGAUGUAGAGUUAUCUGCCCAUUAUGUCAUGUGUAAAGAUGGAAGAACAAUCACACAGGAAGUCUGUCAAACCAAUUAUAUAUUUAGUCCUGAAUCUAGAUCCUGCAUCCAGGUAGAUAAAGAAUCUUUAGAUGAUGUAUGUGACAAGUAUCCAGGUAUAGCCAGACCUCACCCAUACAACUGUGCCCAGUUUAUAGAUUGUACAACAAAACGUCCAGGAUUUGCUGUCACUAAAUACAUCAAAGAAUGUCCGUAUCCACAGAUGUUUUCUACCGAUACUCUGGAGUGUCACGACUUUAAAGAUGUGACAUGUGACAAAAGACACCAACCAUAUGCACCUUGUGAAUAUCUGCAGAAUUUAUGUAGUGGUACUGAUCCUAGUUGUAUAGAAUGUGUAGAGAGACUGCCGAGCUGUAGAGAGUUACCUGAUGGCAACAAUCCUAUAGCUACCAAACUGUGGACACAGUCGUAUCUGGUGUGUCAUAAAAACAGGACUAUGUCUGUAGACAAGUGUACAACAGGAGUGUUUGAUCCUUAUAAGAAACAGUGUGUUGAUGACAAGAAACCAUCAGCAUGUAGUAUGUCUACAGGAUUGAUAGCCAAGCCAGAUAAUUGUGCCCAGUACUAUGACUGUAGUAAGCCAGUAACAGAGUUUGGACAGUACCUACAGGAAUGCCCAUACCCACAAUUGUUUAACGAUGAUAUACAGCAAUGUGAACAUUUCACUCAGGUGGAAUGUAAAUCUAGAUAUCAACCAAAAGCACCUUGUGAAUACCUACAGACACAGUGUAUUGGAGUGGGCUGUGGUAGCUGUGAGAAGUCUCAUCCUAGCUGUGUAGGUCUACCUGAUGGUGCUAACUCCUACCCUGACAGACCAAUGACACCAGACUAUAUCAUCUGUGAUCAUGGCAGGACUAUAUCUACUGAACACUGUAACACAGGACUGUUUGAUUCUAGUACAAAGACAUGCAGGGCUUAUUCACCUGACAUGAUAAACAGUUAUUGUAGUAGUAAUGCUAACUUAGUGUUACCAAGCCCAGAUAACUGUGCUCAAUUCUACCAAUGUGGAGUAAUAAACCACUUGACAGGAAGCUAUCUGCGAGAAUGUGCCUACCCUAAACUAUAUGAUGCCUCUACACAAACUUGUAAACACUUUACGCAGGUCAGAUGUGGACCAAGACAUGAACCAAAGGCUCCUUGUGAAUAUCUGCAGAAUCAGUGUCAUCAAAACGAUGGUGAGAAUUGUCUCCCUUGUCCAUUGCGACUGCCUUCCUGUAUUGGUAUGUCAGAUGGACGUCAUUGGCAUCCAGAUCCAGGAAGGAUAACACAGUACAUCACAUGUGAAGGGGAGAGAACUGUAGCUAUGGAUGACUGCCCAGAGGGAAUGUAUUUUGAACAGAUUGUAAAGGAUUGUCUCCCCUUAAAGUACUACAGUAAGAUAUCAGAAAUAUUAAGUUUGUUAUUGGUUUUCAACAAAGGACAAGAUGUAUGUAAGAACUCCCUGGUUUCUGGUGUAGCAGAAGACAAACUGACAUCUUCUUCACAGUUUGGUAGUGGUGAUCCAUUUAGUGACUAUGGAGCUACCAGAGGCAAGCUUAAUAACAAAGAAGUCAUGGACAAUACAGGCAAGACAUUAAUAGGAGCAUGGGUCUCCGGUAAGAAUGAUGUGGACCAAUAUAUCCAGGUUGAGUUGACAAGUCCUAGUUUGGUAAGAGGAAUCACAACACAGGGCCGCGAUGGAUGUUGUAAACAAUGGACCACCAAAUACAGGGUCCUGUAUAGUCUGGAUUGUAAAACAGACUGGAAACCAGUCCAACAACUUGGUUCCUCUGAUACUUUCUUCAAAGGCAAUGAUGAUGAGAACACCCCACAGAGUAACAUGUUUAACUGUCCGGUGAUUGCUAAGUGUAUCCGUGUUAAUCCGCUGGAAUGGAGCAAUCGUAUUGCAUUGAGAUUUGAUCUGACUGGAUGUUCUCUUGAUUCUGGUAAUAACACAGGAUCCAAAAAUAACAAUGCUUUAAGUACAUCAGCACCAACUACAGCUGUUCCCAUGACAACAUCAUCGCCUACUACAGCUGUUCCCAUGACAACAUCAUCACCUACUACAGCAGUUCUCAUGACAACUACAUCACCAACUCAGAGAGUCACAGCUGCUGUAACUACAAAGGCUCCUAUUGCAGUGGUAACAUCAGGACAGAAUUCUCUCAGUGGUAAAGGAAAAUUCGAUUGUAUUACAAGUUGUAAAGGUAAAAGCAGUGGAUAUUACGGUUCCUGUGAUGACUGCUAUGGAUAUAUAACAUGUAACUGGGGAAUUACAUACAAACGUAAAUGUCCAUCAGGACUUAAAUGGAACAGUGAUCUUAAAGUGUGUGACUACAAAUCUAGUUGUUCCAUACCAUAAACAUUCUCACUCAGGACUUCAUCGUGUUAAUAUGAUUGUCUCUAUUUAUUGUUCAUUUUUAUUAUGAAAUCUGCAUGCUAGUUCUGUGACAGAUUGGGAAAUAAAAUGACAGAACUGUG